ACUCACAAAGUGAGUUUACUUGCUGCUGGUGUACUUGGUCACAGCUUUGGUUCCUUCACUGACAGCGUGUUUUGCCAGUUCACCGGGCAAAAGCAGCCUGAUGGCGGUCUGGAUCUCACGAGAACUGAUGGUUGAUUUCUUGUUGUAGUGGGCAAGGCGGGAAGCUUCGGUGGCGAUGCGCUCGAAGAUGUCGUUGACAAACGAGUUCAUGAUGCCCAUGGCUUUGCUGGAGAUACCAGUGUCAGGGUGAACUUGCUUCAACACCUUGUAGAUGUAGAUGGCAUAGCUUUCCUUUCUCUUUCCCCUCCUCUUCUUCUUUCCAUCAGAUGGAGCCUUUGCCUUUCCAGCUCUCUUCUCGCCUUUCUUUCCUGCAACUUUGGGUGCCAUGUCUGUCGAUCAGAAUGGAAGUGAAUGCAAUGAGUUGACCCAGAUUCUAUUUAUCUCAAAACCAUUAGGGGAUCAAUUAACAUACGGAUCGAAAUCGUUGAGUUUUAAUUGGUUACUUUAUUUCAAGGUCAAUAUGCUUCCUGUAUACAUCAUCAUAUUUCAUUAGACACUUAAAAUUGUUAAGUCUGAUUGGUGCGUUUCGAUCCCAUUCAAAUUUUACCGCGCGUAUAAACUCUUAGGUUUGUAAGUUCAGUCCAUUUUCAGUCCAUUCACUCGUGCAUUUUCGAGCUAAACGUUUGUUGUGAAAACAUGUCUGGUCGCGGUAAAGGAAAGGCAAAGGGCACCAAGUCCAAAAGCCGAUCAUCCCGAGCAGGACUUCAGUUCCCCGUUGGACGUAUCCAUCGUCUUCUUCGAAAAGGCAACUAUGCUGAGCGUGUUGGCGCUGGUGCUCCAGUCUACUUGGCUGCGGUGCUCGAGUAUUUGAGCGCUGAGAUCCUCGAGUUGGCGGGCAAUGCUGCUCGUGACAACAAGAAAACCAGAAUCAUUCCCCGUCACCUUCAGCUUGCUGUCCGCAACGAUGAAGAGUUGAACAAACUGCUUGCCGGCGUCACCAUCGCUCAAGGAGGUGUUCUGCCCAACAUCCAGGCUGUUCUUCUGCCCAAGAAGGCGGAGAAGAAGACAAAAGCCUAAACAGUCCUACGCUGCGUUAACACAAACGGCUCUUUUAGGAGCCACCACAUUUAAAAAAGUCAUGACCAUAAAAAGAAAAACAUAUCAACCCAUUUGUAGAUUUAUUCUUCUUUGAAUAAGUCAGUGAAGCCAGAAAGUAACCCCUGAUUCAGCUUGCAUGAUAAUCCUUAUAACUUACGGUUAAAACUCCAUUGAUCAAAACAGAAAGCUUUAGUGGCUUAACUGGGUGUUUCCGUUCUAGAAGAAUUCACCAAAUAAAGUUUCUGGGUUUAGGCGUUGAUUAGUUGAAAAUAAACCGCCCAUGAAACGGCAAUAUUUUGACAUUUUAGAGAGGGGUAGAAAUUAGGCUUAUGUGAAAAAGAUCAGUAAAAUAUGUGAAAUACAUAUAAAUAUUAAAGUUCGAACAUGUGCAUCUAAUGGCGAUGGGUUUUCCGUAGUGUCUCAUAGAUCACCGCGUUACAUCAAAUGCAAAUCUGUUCAGUUUAUAACGACGCCGGCGCGCAAUUUGUUUUUCUUUUGUCUUCAUGCCUCAACGAGCGUCCGUUAUACAGUUGAUUGCUUUGUGGCAAAAACGCAUCUUUGCUAGAACCUCUACAACGACAUCGUACAAAAAUAAAAAAUAAUAUUACUGACUGUCUUUUCUUCAACGGGAAACCCCACGCGCAGUGUACAUUAAAUACGAGAGUAACAUCACUUUAUUGGCUAUGACUUUUAAAGAUUUGGUGGCUCCUAAAAGAGCCGUUUGUUUGGGUGGGUAACGCAAAGAUCUAACCGCCAAAUCCGUACAGAGUACGUCCUUGGCGUUUGAGAGCGUACACCACAUCCAUGGCGGUCACAGUCUUGCGUUUGGCGUGCUCGGUGUAGGUAACAGCAUCACGGAUCACAUUCUCCAGGAAAACUUUGAGAACACCACGAGUCUCUUCGUAGAUCAGGCCAGAGAUUCGCUUGACACCGCCACGGCGAGCAAGACGACGGAUAGCUGGCUUGGUGAUGCCUUGGAUGUUGUCACGAAGAAUCUUUCGGUGACGCUUGGCGCCUCCUUUUCCUAGACCUUUGCCUCCUUUACCGCGACCAGACAUGUUGAUGUAAUAUCUUGAAACAGGAUAAUGACUCAAACAUUGAGAAUUCUUCUUUUUAUACCACAAACAAUGACCUCACGGGAAACAGGCUAAAAGAAGUGUAAUUAGUUGUUCGCCAUUGGUGGAUAGAAACAAAAGAGCCAUGAGGUCAAGAUAAUCAUUACCAUCUAUUGCCUCACCAGACAAGACCAAACAUGUUAGAGGAGCAAAAACUUCACAUUAUCACUAACAAACGUGCGACUUAACCCCUCGACGAAUCUUAUGAUGAUAUUUUCUAACAACUAAGAACGAAAGCUAACAAAUUAUUGUUUCCCACGAAUAAAAAAACCUUAAGAGGCAUACAGGAUCGAAAUGCAAUCCCAGAUCAUGAGACUAUUUUGCAAGCAGUUUUGGUUAUCCAAUGAAAUUGCAUAGUUUAUAACCAAUCAGGAAAUAGCGCGCUAAGAAUAAAGUAUUAGGGAUUACCGUCGAAAAAUUAUUCGUUGACUUUUGAGUUAGCAGAAAUGGCACGUACAAAGCAAACUGCCCGUAAAUCAACUGGUGGAAAAGCUCCACGAAAACAGCUCGCCACAAAGGCAGCUCGUAAGAGCGCGCCCGCCACUGGAGGAGUCAAGAAACCUCAUCGUUACAGGCCUGGUACAGUGGCUCUUCGUGAAAUCCGUCGUUACCAGAAAUCCACCGAGCUGCUAAUCCGCAAGCUGCCCUUCCAGCGUCUUGUGCGAGAAAUCGCUCAAGACUUCAAGACCGAUCUGCGUUUCCAGAGCUCUGCUGUGAUGGCUCUUCAAGAAGCAAGCGAGGCCUAUCUCGUUGGUCUGUUUGAAGACACCAACUUGUGCGCCAUCCACGCCAAGCGUGUCACCAUCAUGCCCAAAGACAUUCAGUUGGCCCGCCGAAUCCGCGGAGAGCGUGCAUAAGUCGAUUGCUUCCAAUACUUACAACACAAACGGCUCUUUUAGGAGCCACCACAUCAAUAAAAGCAAUAACCAACAGAAAUGAAUUUUGUGUCCUUCCAUGUUUCCACUCCUUUCGGCACAAAAGCUAUAGCGAGUCGAAGGUCUAAAAUUUUCUUUCUUAUAACAAGCCAAACCGUUUUCGCAGCUCCAAGAAUGAGUAAGAUUUUUUUGUAACAAGAAUUUUUAAGUAAGGAACUUAGAAGGCAGAAAUCAACGAAAAUGAUAAAAAUGUUUUAUCGGUUUAACUUCGUAACAAAUGAUGCCAAAAAAGCUACUUUACCUAUUUUUGUUCCCUGCCAAUGAAUUCUUCCGAUUGAACGCGCGAUUUAUUUAGGACAUUUAGUUUUAUGCGCAUGAAAUUAGUUAGUGAAUCAAAUCUGUAAAAACACUACAAAGUUGCCUGAAUAUUCUCAGGGAAAACAUAUCCAUAAAAACGGAAACCGCAGGAUAUAAAAAACAGCUAGUGAAUGAGGCGCUCUUUCUUUUUUAAAAAUCUCUACCGUGUACAGCCGCCAACCCCUCAGAAAAUAUGAUCACAACAUGGCUCAAUAAAUAAAAAAUGUUCCAGUCAUAAAAGUAAAUCAGAAGGAAGGUUAACCUUAUCUCCACGAAGAAAAACUGACCUUUCAGUUCUAACAAUAUUUUAACAGCCGACUGCCGCUCAUUUUUUGAAACACAAAAUAGUUCCAACAUAAUACGAACAUCUAUAUUCACUGUCUACUAACAUAAGAUCGCUGCAUCUACCAGUGGAAGGAAAUUUUGAUAUAGAUAAUUUAGAUAAAUGCACAUCGAACCGUCGGUGAUUUUGCUAGUGACUCACUAAAAAAAUUACCGACAGUUAAUCAGAUCUCGAAAAUCUUGACCGCCUGUGACCAUUUAGACACUCAGCCUGAAUUUCAACAACUUAUGAAGUUUGGUCUUGUUCAGUUUGGAUCGUAAUAGCCUUCUCUCGACUUCUCUCCCUUGCGAGUGGAUGCAAGCGACUUUGUCCUUGUUACGAUGACAAAAGAGAGUUUAAACCAAGUUAAAUGAGAGAUAAUGUGAAGAUUAUAGCAAGAGACUUGAAGUGUAAUAGUUCUCCUAUCUCCCAAAUGUUUCUACACAGAAAAAAAGGUCGCAGGAGCAACAGUUAUACGACUUAAAAGAUAAAAUUGUUUCAAAAUUGACCGAAGGGGAAGGAUAAAAGGUCAUUUAUUAUUUCUUAUACUUGCCUUACCUCGCACUUAUUUAAGGUAAUCAGUUCUUCAAAGACUACACGUUCAAUUUUUUUAAUUUUAGAAGUGAUUAAUUUUUCUGUUACAUCACUUUAUUUGACAAAACCCACAGAAAACUAGCACAGAAGAAUCGGGCGCCAUGUUCGUUUGCUGUCUCCUCAGUGGUCCGCAUACAAGUAAUUUACAUCAGCUAACAGCAUCCGAAGCAUCAGUUCUUUCGUAUCCGAAGGUAUCGUUCAAACUCCAUCAUGUCUGAAGCAGCACAAGCAAAAGCAAAGUCACCGGUUAAGAAGAAGCCAUCUAAGCCUAAAAAGCCAGCUGAUCACCCCCCAUACAGUGAGAUGAUCAAAGCUGCUAUUGUAGCUCUGAAAGAGCGAGGCGGAUCUUCGCGCCAAGCCAUCGAGAAGUACAUCAAAGCCAACUACAAGGUUGGCGAGGUCGGCCCACACUUGAAGACGGCUCUCAAGAGAGGAGUUGCCGGUGGAAAGUUAGUACACACCAAAGGAGUUGGCGCUUCUGGUUCCUUCAAGGUGCCCAAGGAGGAAAAGAAAGCUCCGAAGAAACCGGCGAAGAAGCCAAAGAAGCCCGCCGCCAAGAAGGUAACAAAGAAACCCGCGGCUAAAAAGCCAGCGGCGAAGAAACCAGCAGCUAAAAAGAAGCCAGCCAAGAAAACAGCAGUUAAAAAGCCCAGUAAGAAAUCGACACCGAAAAAGACUGCAGCAAAGAAACCAGCCGCCAAAAAAGCUACAGGAAAGAAGACAAAGAAGCCUGCAGCCAAAAAGCCCGCCAAGAAAACUGCCGCCAAAAAAACCGCCAAGAAGUAA